AUGGCGGAUGUGCCAGGAUCCGGCAGCAACGGCCGGCCAAGUCCAUACGGUGGCAAUGUCCCUCGACGACUGUCAUAUGCAUCAGUGGCAUCAGGCGUGACCGCUCAGGAUAUAGCUCAUCCCGCGCGCGCAGGAGCCUUCUCUCAUCUAGUCGGUACAACUCCGAGCAGCUCUUAUCCUCCACAAUAUCAACCAGACCCUCAAUAUCGCAGGCGACAGUCCGGGCUCGAGCACGAUCCUUCGGGUGUCUCUUACUGGCGAAAGCCAACAUCUUUACCGUCUUAUUCGAGGAAAUUCGCAGACAUCUCGGCCCUUGGAACGAGUGCCAUGCCUUCAAACCCUUUCAUUAUACCGUCCUAUCUCCGCCGUUCCAGAUAUGCCUCGAAUCUCGAAGCUGCGCACAAGGCCAAGAUGAAGAGAGAACGAGAGCAGCCAUUGGGAGGAGCCUCUUCUAUGAACUCCCUCUCGAGCGGUGCUGGGCAUACAAAUAUACAACGAAUAGCCCCGUCACAUCGCGGCAUGACAUAUGAUAUUAUCGAGAGCAAUCCUCCCAGCGAGGAUGAUCAGCCCAUGCCUUUGCCUUCUCGAUGGAGCGAACAGGACAAGUAUCCCGGACUGGACCUUUCAAACGAUGGCCGGGACGUGAAGUACAGCGGGACAUGCAGCAAAGCGGAUAUUGAAGCAGCUUCCGUCCGAGCAGACUACCCAAUGUCACCUGCCUGUGGGAUAUACUACUUCGAAGUGGAAAUCAAGAAUAAGACUCGGGAUACCGCUAUUGCUAUUGGCUUCUCCACGGCAGAGGCGUCGCUAGAACGAUUACCGGGCUGGGAAACGCACUCCUGGGGCUACCAUGGCGACGAUGGGAAGAUGUUCUUUGGGGAACACCAAGGACGGAGUUAUGGGCCCACAUUCGGGGCAGGAGAUGUCAUCGGCUGUGGCGUCAACUUCAAUGCAGGGCACGCGUUCUUCACUAGAAAUGGACACGAUCUUGGGAUCUGUUUUCGAGACCUAAGGAAGGAUUUCACGCCCUUCCCUACAGUGGGAAUGAAAAAGCAUUCGGGGGCAUGGGUGUCGACCAACUUUGGCGAACGACCUUUUGUUUUCGACAUCGACGGAAAAAUGCUAUCGGAGCAAGCGCGAGUAAUGAAGGACAUCAACACGUCUAAAGUCUCUGCGCUACGCCUGGGGAGGGACGAGAACACUCUUGUACAAGAACUAGUGGCGCAGUUUUUGGCCCAUGAUGGGUAUGUCGAGACAGCCAAAGCUUUUGCAGAGGACCUCAGAAGAGAGAAGGAAGCCUUGAGCGAUGCACUGCCGACUGGAACGUCAAAUUUACUGGAGGGGGAUGAUACUGAGUCUGUUUAUCGACAAAAGAUACGUCGAGCCAUCCUUGAUGGAGACAUCGAUGAAGCACUUGAGAUCACCCACGCUCGCUUCCCGACUGUCCUAACGGAAAACCCUGGCAUUGUCUUCCGACUCAAAUGCCGGAAAUGGGUCGAACUAAUUGGCAAGACCACAGAAUUGAACGCGAAGAAGUCGUUCUCCGGGCAAGAUGUCAAGUCAACAAACGGGUCUGGCAAGGCAGUAGCCGAUGACGCAGACUUCUCUCAGGAGAUGGAACUGGAUGAAAAUGCCGGUGGUGGAACCCAGACUAACGGUCUAGAAAAGCCGUUGGGGGAUGAUACUGCGCUACGAUAUAAUCAGCUUCUGAAUGAAGCAAUGCAAUACGGCCAAGAGUUACAACGAGAAUAUCGAGAUGAUGAUGGCGAGUAUGCAAGGAGCUUGCAAGACAUAUUCAGUCUAAUGGCGUACGACGAUCCAAAGGGGAGCAUUCACGGCCAUCUCUUGGACCCUUCCGGAAGAGUUGACGUUGCUGAAGAGCUCAACUCUGCCAUCCUUGUUUCUCUUGGGCGGUCACCUGCAGCUGCGGUGGAGACAACCUGGAAACAGACCGAAGCUUUGAUCGAUGUACUGGCUCAGGACGGUGGGCCUGCCGCCUUUGUCAACCUCCAAGCAAUGUUCUCGACGUGA